GAGCGCACGCGCGAGCAGGAAAAUGUCGGGCAAGGCAGGUCACCCCGCGUACUUCGAUCCUCAGGAUCAGAAGGCGUACAUGAAGCAGCCUACUGUCUUCCAGAACAAGAAGGAGUUCCUCGGCAAGGCUGGCAGGAAGGCUGCUCGCUUCGUCAAGUCGGUCGGCCUUGGCUUCAAGACUCCUCUGGAGGCCAAGGACGGAGUCUACAUCGACAAGAAGUGCCCAUGGGUCGGCAACGUCAGCAUCCGUGGAAAGCUUCUCCGUGGAGUUGUCGUCUCUAACAAGAUGAAGAGAACCAUCGUUAUCCGCCGUGAUUAUAUGCAUUAUAUCAAGAAGUACAAUAGAUACGAGAAGCGCCACAAGAACGUUCCUGCUCACGUCUCACCGGCCUUCAAGUUGAACCCUGGGGAUUCCGUUGUUGUUGGACAGUGCAGGCCUCUCUCCAAGACUGUCAGGUUCAACGUUCUUCAGGUUAUCACUGAGGCUGCGGGAGGAAAGAAGUUUUCCAAGUUCUAAGUUACAUUCGUUCUCUGUGAAGCAAAAAUAAAAACGUCCAAAAGCGCAUGUGGAGUCUCUGAUUUACAAUUGCUGGCGAAAUAAAGUUUCUAACAGAUGUUCUCAUCUUCUUCCCUGCAUCCUGGCUGAGAACAGCUGCUGCUGCAGGAUCAUAGCAAGCAGGAGAAGCGAGGCCAACAGGCCUCCUAGCACGUAAUCCCAGUUCUCCAACAGCCAAGGGAUCCAAACCUUCGAUGCAGGCAGCCACAAUCCAUACCUUGGUCCGUAUCUCUGAGAGAGCUUGUGGGAAAGGGUGUCGAUCAUUUCGAUGGUCUCUUGCACAGUCAUCUCCAACCAUAACUUGGUGCGGCAGAUCAUGACCGGCCAGAGCGCAUCCUGUGAAGUUUCCACUGCCAUGUCGUAGAAGCGCUUCGCAAGGUGCAGAUCCUUGGGCAACCCGAUGCCAUGCUCGUGCAUGAAUGCGAGGUUGAACAUCGCCU